CGAGCCCCACUGGAGGCUCGCGCAGGAUCCGUGAGCGGCCUAAGGUGAACUGACUCAUAUGAUUGGCUGUCCCGAAAAAUGAAAAGUCUUUGUGGUCCAGGGCUGAGACCCACGAGGAGACGGGGCGGGAUUUCUGGCGCUAAGAGGCGGGGCCUCUCGGCUUUGGGCGCGAGUGGUUAAAAGACAGUUGGUGUGGGUUCGGCUGCUCGGGCCGGAUUCCGCGGUCACAGCCCUUCCCCAUGGCAGACGCUGAGGAGCUGCAGGUUUCUUCGCCGCCGCCGCCGCCUCCCUCUUCUCCCUCCUCUUCAGACGCCUCUGCAGCAUCUUCCCCGGGCGGCCCAGUGAGUUUGGGCUGGCCAGUUCCGAGCAGGAGCAGCGGCGGAACGGUGGACCCGCUGGAGGAAGUGGAGCUGCAGAUCGGAGAUGCAGCCUUUUCAUUAACCAAACUUCUUGAAGCCACAUCUGCAGUAUCAGCUCAAGUGGAAGAACUUGCCUUCAAAUGUACGGAAAAUGCACGAUUCCUUAAAACAUGGCGAGACCUCUUGAAAGAAGGCUAUGAUUCUUUGAAACCUGAUGACUAAUUUGGCAUACUUCGUUGUUUAAUAAUGACUGCAAUCAUUCAGACUUCUUAUGUCAUAUUUGUACAUGUACCACAUGUAUAGAAUGACCUCUGUCCAGGAGUUCUGUAUAUACUCAGAAUGAAAUUUUUCUUGGUUUUCUUGGCUUUUGUGAAAGCAGAAUACCGAUGCUGUUUUUGUUGCGGACCAGUACUUGUUUGUCCUUAAAUACUUUAUGCCUCUGAACUUUCAUAGAGUCCUUUUUGAAAGUUAACUUCAUCAAUAGAUGGUUAAUAUUAUUAGAGCCACAAUGCUACCAUUAGCAAACUAGGUAGACCAUUAUUUGUUUUGCAACAAGAUGCUAAGCAUGGCAGAGUUUGAAAUUGCGUUUCAUCUUAAGGACCAAGGGGGGAGGUAACUUUAAGGUUGCCAGUGGUGGAUCCAGCUCCAUUAGGCUAAGUUGUCUACAGCUAAGGAUUGUGUCUUUAUUCUAUAUACCCAGCACCUAAAACAGGUUCACACAGCACUCACUGAAUGUUUGUUGAAUAAAAGAGUUAACAAACAUAAUUAAAAGCUUUUUUCUUCCUAUAUUUAGCAUGAAGACUGUCAUUGUUUCUUUAGAAAAUGUAUGAAUCUGAACUUUAUUGACUUGAAGAAAAACAUUCUUUUUUUUUACAGAGAUUUGGACUUUGAUGAUAGGUUUUAAAAUAUAUGAUAAAUAUUUUUUGUACUUUUUUUUUUUAAAGACUUUACUUCAGAAAAAGGAGACUAUCUAGAAAGAAUGCAUAUUUUUUCCCUAUUUAUUUCUGUGGUUACUGCUUUUGCAGUUUAACCGUGUUUGUAUUUGAUAUUUGUAUAUGUUUCAUGGCUAUUUUUAAGGUGCCUUAUCAGAUUUAUGGCUCUGUGCUAUUACUUUUUGAGCUUUGCAGGUUGUAUACAUAAUAAUUCUAAAGAAGUUACUUUGUUUGCAAUGCAUCAAAUUUAAAUGAUGUGAUUUUUUUUUUUGUAUUAUUUGACCUUAGUGACAGUGUUCUAUUUUGCAUCUUGUAUAUUAUGUUGCUUUUGGUGUUUUGUGUUGCGUGUCAACGAUUAAGCCAACUAAUUCUCCACCAUAUAUAACUUCUGGACAUCUUUGAUAUGACAUCUUAAUUCUUUGUAGAUAUGGAGAUAUGUACAGAACUAUAUUCUAACGCCCAGCAAUGGGGCUAUGAGAGGGGACAGAUGGAUGGGCAAAGAAUAGUUUUGUUUAACAUAUUAGGUCAUAGUUCUUGAUUAGUUUUUUUAGUUAAAGAUCACACAUAGGGUGUGAUUUCUAUACCAAAAUGCUUCUUUCAGUAUUAGAAAAAUAUUCUUACAUGUCCUGAAAUAUGCUUAUUUCACUAUUAGAAAAAUAUUCUUACAUGUCCUGAAAACUGCAGUUUUUAAAAUGUGUAAAAAUAAAUUCUUAUUAAAAGCACAUUUUAUUUCCAUUUCUUUGGAUUCAUUACCUUAAAACUUUUUACUGACAUAUUUCAAAGAUACAGGAGAGGCAAAUGAGUUCAAGAAAAUCCAUGUAUUUCUACCAUGCAGAUGUAAUAAAUGUCAGGAUUUGGCUAUAUUUUCUUCAGACACACAUAUAUAUGUAAUUGCAAAUAUUAGAUACAUUUGAAGUUCAUUUUGUUACCUCUUUGAUCCUGUCCCCUUCCUCCCUCCCUAGAGUCCCCAGAGGUAAACUCUAGAGGUGGCAUAUAUUCUAGCGUGUGUUUUUAUAUUUUUAAUACAAAUAUAUUUUUUAAAAGCGCUAUAAAAUACUGUUAUGUAUGUGGUAGCCAGCCUCCAGAUGGCACCAGUGAUCCCUGGCCUCCUGGUGUUCAUGCCCCCGUAUAGCUUUCUCCUGCAUUUUAUAGUGCUGACUUUUGUAACUACCAGGAUAUUGAGCAAGUGCAGUGUGUGAUUUCUGAGGCCAUAUCUUUUACUCCUUUUUUUUUUUUUU